UGCGACACCCCGCGCGCGUCACCCACCUUAAUUAACCAAUCGGCAUCGAUCCUUGUUGCUUCAUGCACAACAUGCUCACUGUGGAGUGCAGAGUGUGCGCGCGCAGGUGAGAUGGAGCAAUUCGACUGAUCGCAUCGAUCAUUGAUCCCAUGCAAAGCUCUGUUUGAUCAGACAGUGAGGGAUGUAAGAGACAGAGUGAUGCUCCAGCACGUUGGACCGCUCCGCUCUGCUGCUUCUCUCUUCAUGUGGCCACCAACACACUGAGGAUGGCAGGAAACCAGUCCCAGUGGAAUACCACACCUGCUGAGCCUUUACAGAACUUUUCUGUCUUCUUUCUGCUUAACUUGUCUGCUCCACCCUCUCCUCCACCCUGGAAGGCUCCCUCCUUCACUGUGGCAGCCCGCUGCCGUGUAGCGGCCACCCUGGUGCUGUUUGCGUUUGCUGCUGUCAGUAACUUGUCAGUCCUCAUUAGUGUGUGCUGGGGACGAGGCUAUCGCCUGCCAGCACACCUCCGCCCACUCAUUGCCAGUUUGGCAUCAGCUGAUCUGGUGAUGACUUUUGUGGUGAUGCCACUGGAUGCCAUUUGGAACAUCACAGUGCAGUGGUAUGCUGGGGAUGUCAUGUGUAAGCUGUUGUGCUUCCUCAAGCUCUUUGCCAUGCACUCGGCUGCAUUCAUACUGGUAGUGGUGAGUCUGGACCGCUAUCGGGCUAUCCUCCAUCCUCUGGACUCUCUGGACGCUGGGCUCAGGAACAAACGCAUGCUGCUUGUGGCAUGGACUCUGAGUGUGUUGCUGGCCUCUCCACAGCUGUUCAUCUUUCGGGCCAUUAAGGCUGAUGGAGUGGACUUCACUCAGUGUGUGACCCAUGGAAGUUUCCAGCAUCGCUGGCAGGAGACGGCAUACAACAUGUUUCAAUUUGUGACGCUGUAUGUCUUCCCCCUGCUUGUCAUGACUUUCUGCUACACCCGCAUCCUCAUCAAGAUCAAUGGGCAGAUGCACAAGAGAAAAGAUGGUGAGCAGUGCCUUAGACGCAGUGGGACAGACAUGAUACCGAAAGCCCGGAUGAAGACCCUCAAGAUGACUGUUGUGAUUGUUAGCUCCUUUGUCAUCUGUUGGACACCCUACUACAUCCUUGGGAUCUGGUACUGGUUCCAACCAGCAAUUAUCCAACGCACACCUGAGUACAUACACCACAUACUUUUUGUCUUUGGAAACCUGAACACGUGCUGUGACCCUGUCAUCUACGGCUUCUACACUCCGUCUUUCCGGGCCGACCUCACUGAUGUGGUGGCGUGCUGCUGCGGUCACCAAGCCAACAACGCCUCACCUCGCUCUGUGGAUCAUCUGUCUUGUCGCAGAGCUGGAGCUGCUGGGGAGAUGGAGUCUGACCUGAGUUCAAACCAGCAUAGUGGCAAUCCAAGUUAGACAGUACUCAUUUGACCUGGAGGAGUUAAGCAAUGUCACAAUAUACCAGAUGUCCUUAAUGUCAGCUGUUUGCUCAAGGCCUUCCAUGAGCACAUUAUUGGAUUGGGAACAACUUCUAUUUUUAUAGAUAUCUUUGAGCUGUGGAACUGUGAUAUGAAGAGUACAGCUUCCUCAAUAUCUCCCAUGUUGUAUGCUUAUGGCUGCUGCAGUUUCUGAUGAUUGCCUUUAGAAGUUCUCCGUUACUUCUAAUGAUGUGCUUCAACAAUUUAUUAUUAAAAUGACUCUAUAUCAGUAUAUUUGCUGUCUAGUCAAACAAAUUCUCCAGUGAAUCUUUUGAACUCUAUAGCUGUUUUUAGCUAUGCCGGCAGUUCACUGCAGCACAUGAAGGCUGAUCUUCAGUAGCCUUCUGAGACAUCCACCUCACAGCUGUAUUGAUCCUUACCAGUGCUUAGAGAUGAUCUCCUCAUACAUAUCAAUAUGCAAUUACCUACAUUUUUUUCCAGUCUUUUUUUCCCCCUUACAUAUGCAAUGCGGCCUAAACAGAGUGUAGAUGCCUGUUUAUAGAUGUACCUUCUGUGUAGUCUAUACUAAGAAGUAUUUACUGAGCAUUUCUAAGCUAACCACAUACAGAUAUGAAAUUGAUGUCUAUCUUAUUAUUUCACUGUCAGAAAAGAGUACAUAAAAAGAAUGUCCAACAAUGUUUACCUUAAGCUUUGAUAGUCUGUGUUACCACUACCUCCAAGAGAAGACAAAGACUGCUGGCUGGAUACUUAUUGUUUCACUGCAUGGCUGUCUGUCACUGACUGAUAGUAUUUAUUGUAUAGAAUACAAUAGGAAGUAAGACAAAGUCAUUACUAAAGACAAAAAUAAAUGUUUCACCUUUAAAAUGUAUAUGUACCAAGUUGACACUUGGCCAGUAUUAAACUCAUUGUAUAUUGUAACUAUCAACUAUUAACUAUCAACAAAUAACUGCUUGUCACUUAUACAUAUAUAUGAUUAACAAAUGUGCAAUUUAUAUCUAAUUUAUAUACUUGAAAAGCACACGAGUUGACACAACUGUAUCACAUCAUAUCUGUAGAUUUGUGAGCUGCACAUUCUAGCUGCCAAUCUCCUGCUCUGCUACAUCCUCAGGGUUCUACUCGAUUGACAUCUGGUGACUGCGAAGGUCACUGACGUUCAUUGAACUCACUGUCAUGUUCAUGAAAUCAGUUGUAGACUGGGAUCAAACCACUUUCACUCUGGAUAGUCGGCGACCCACUCUGUCUCCUGAGCCCUGAACUCUAGAGACAUGUUGUGUGUGAAAAUCGGAUGUUUGAUGUGAACCUUAACUAAAGCUCCUGGUCUACAUCUGACCUUCACCUGCAGGAUUUGAUGCAUAGCAGUGCUGCCUCAUGAUUGCCUGAUAAGAGAAUUGCAUGAAUAAGCAGGAGAACGGAUGUUCCUAUACCAGCAUUGUUAUUAUCUUAGUGCAAGCAGGUGUGAUGUUAAGUAUUAAACAGAUUCUAAUAUUUGCUCAAUAAAAAUCUACUGGAAAAUA